GGGACACUGCUUUGUUCAACAGUAGGGGAGGGCAGACGAGCACAGUUGCUGCUUUGCCUGCUCUAAUCGUGAAAUACAAUCUGUUAGGGCGGGCUAUCCUGUCUUGUCUUUGUCUACCUGUGUUCUAACGUAUCUUUCAAAUAUUUGUGUUUCUUGGACUCUAAAGGAUUUCUAUCGAGGGAUGUCAAAGCGAGUACGAAGCAGAGAGGUCUGCGCUGAUUGCAGUGCUCCGGAGCCACGCUGGGCCUCUGUUAAUAGGGGUGUGUUGAUCUGCGAUGAGUGCUGCAGCAUCCAUCGAGGUCUGGGGCGACACAGCUCUCAAGUCCGACAUCUGACUCAUUCUCAAUGGCCAUCCUCCCAGUUACAGAUGGUCCAGACACUGUAUGGCAAUGGAGCUAAUUCCAUAUGGGAGCACAGCCUUCUGGACCCUUCCUCUUCAGUGAGUGGGAAGCGCAAAGCCAACCCCCAGGACAGAGUUCAUCCCAACAAGACAGAGUUCAUCAAGGCCAAAUAUCAGAUGUUGGCGUAUGUCCAUCGGAUGCCUUGUCGGGAGGAUGACAGUGUAACCGCAAAAGACCUCAGCAAGCAACUCCAUUCCAGUGUUCGGACUGGAAACCUGGAGACCUGCCUAAGACUCUUAUCUUUGGGAGCACAGGCCAACUUCUUCCAUCCAGAGAAAGGGAACACCCCACUACACAUAGCAGCAAAAGCAGGACAAAUGUUACAAGCAGAACUGUUGGCAGUUUAUGGAGCUGAUCCCGGGGCUCUGGACUCCAGUGGAAAGACCCCCAUCGAUUGUGCAAGACAAGCUGGGCACCAGGAGCUGGCAGAGAGGCUAGUGGAGAUACAGUAUGAACUCACUGACCGGUUAACAUUUUACCUUUGUGGUAGAAGACCAGAUCACAGAAAUGGGCAACACUUCAUCAUUCCACAGAUGGCAGACAGAAAUAACCUGGAUUUGUCAGAGUUUGCAAAAGCUGCAAAGAAGAAGCUCCAGUCGCUAAGUAACCAUCAGUUUGAAGAACUUGCCAUGGAUGUUUAUGAUGAAGUUGACAGAAGAGAAACAGAUGCAGUGUGGUUGGCCACCCAGAACCAUAGCACACUUGUAACAGACACCACAGUUGUGCCUUUUCUGCCUGUCAAUCCAGAGUACUCAUCUACCAGAAACCAGGGUCGUCAAAAAUUGGCAAGGUUUAGUGCUCACGAAUUUGCCACCCUGGUCAUCGAUAUUCUAACUGAUGCUAAACGACGGCAGUGGGGUAAUUCCUGUGAAAGUCCCAAAGAGAAUGUGGAGCUGAUCCUUCAGGGAAUAGACAGCCGCCAUAACAGUGAGAGCCAGGACAAUGACCAGCCAGAUUAUGACAGUGUGGCAUCAGAUGAAGAUCCAGUGCAAGAGGCCACCUGUGGGGACAGCUGCAAUGAUAGAAGGACCAAGAGCUCAGAGUCAUCUGACCUCUCUGAUGGACCAAUCACAGUGCAGGAAUUUAUGGAAGUGAAGAGUGCCCUCACUGCAUCAGAAGCCAAAAUACAACAGCUUCUUAAAGUCAACUGUCACCUUAGUGAAGAGCUGCGGUUGAUGCAGGGCAAGCUGAACACCCUGCAGACUGAAAACACAACACUGCGAUGGCAGACCCCCAGCGGACAACAACACCACCAGGGGCCCUUUGGUCGACACCCACCCCGUGGAGGUCGCGCCAUGUCCAUGUAUGAGACGGGCUCUACUCCGAGGCAGUACCCCCACCGAGUCGAAACGGCUCGGCAUGAGGACGGAGUCAUUUUACAACCCUUCCCAGCCAAUAUUGGGAGGGGUCCUUUGGGGACGGCUGCUUCCUCCCUCCCUACCUUCCCCUCUUCCCUGUCCUGGUCGUGGGAUGAGAGAUCUCGAAGGGGCUGUAGUCUAGAAGGACAGAGUAUCAUGCUGGAGAAUGAUUACGACACUACGCCCAACCACUCUGAACUGGAAGAGACCGGCAGUCCUCUUCCAGCCUCUGAAGCAGUGGAGCUGGGGGAGGAGGGGGAGGAAGAUGCCACCCUGCCAUGCACAGAGGACGUCAUCUGUAAGACAGAGCAGAUCACUAAGAACAUACAGGAGCUUCUGAGAGCUGCCCAGGAGACCAAACAUGAAAGCUUCCUGCCUUGUUCAGAAAAGAUCUGCAUGGCUGUGUCAGAGAUGGCCGCCCUGUUUCCCAAGAGGCCGUCCUCGGACACUGUGCGAGGGUCUCUGUGUCUGCUCACUUCAAGUGCCAGCCGGCUCCAUGGAGAGUGCCAGAAGGCCGCAGACCACAACCCCUGCCCGUCGGACAUCCAGCUGGUCACUCAGCAGGUCAUUCAGUGCGCCUAUGACAUUGCCAAAGCUGCCAAGCAACUUGUCACCGUGACAACCAAAGAAAACAACAACUAAAACCCAAAGACAUUCCUGAUACACCCAAAAUACAGUUCGUCAGUGAUGUUGCUAAUUUCAACGUAAUCAGUGUUAAAACUGUUUUUUAUUUUCCCUUAUUAAUCAGUGUAAGCAUUCAUACAUUCCAAAAUCUUUAAAAAAAAAAAAAUACACCAUGCAAAAUUACAGGUCAAUCGAAACAAUUAUUUAUUUUGUUGUUUUUGUAUCAUAGUAAUAUGGACUAAACAAACAUGUUUAAAGCUGUAGGACAGAAUCUGUUACUAUUCCUUACCUCACAAAGAGAUAACUGUUAAAUCUACACAAUUUCCAGAAGUGCAAUGUUGUGUGUGUGUGUGUGUGUGUGUGUAUAUAUAUAAAACAAUUAGAACAACAAGCAGUUGAGCCUUCUACAUUGUACUUUUCUACAUAGAGGUCAUCAGUUGUGGUCCUUGAGGUUGGGUGUCAGGCAUGGCUGAUCUGCCAGAGAGCACAAAAGCCUGCAAGCCACCUGGCAUCAAGGAUCAUUAUCGAUGAACCUUAAUCUACACCAGUGACAUCAGUUUAUUUUCCUUUAUCCAUUAUAAAUGUUAUUAAGAUGCAAUGUCAGUAUUUUAAUCUUGAAUCAUUGUGAUGCCACUUGGUUAGCGUUCAAAUGUUUGUUUAGUAAGCAAAUGCUUCAGUGCAUUGAGCACCAUGUAAGUAGUCAGCAGUACCAAGAGUGGGCAAACUUUCAUUCCAUCCAGCAGCUCUAGCAGGUGAUUUCACUGCCCCUCCGCUCUGGUUGAAGAUGUGUUUUAUAAGUAAAGUAUCAGUAGUUUUUGCAGUUAUAAUGUUACAGCCAUACUUCUGAUGUUGUGUGUGUGCGUGCGCGUGUGUGCGUGUGCAUGCGUGUGUGGGCGCAGUUGUCACAGAGAUGGCCUCGAUGGCCCGUGUGAAAUCCAUUUUGAAUCAGUUUUAAUGGCAUUAUGCAAAUAUAUAAGAUGUAUGUAUCCAUGUAAUUCUUUAACAAAAUAACCCAAAUGCUAUUCUAUUUAUAAAUUUUAUGUCAUACCUCUAAGAAAAUAUCAGUGUUUAUUUUCAUAAGCUUUUGUUUUAACAUGAUGCUCCUCACAGACUAACUUUUGUUCUGAGGUUUGGGACGUCUCAGCUGGCAGUAAGUUAUUGGCAACUUGUUAUCUCUGUUUAUUUGGUGUGGUGCUGUAACUCCAGUGUGUUAGAUGCUGCCUGAGGUCAAAUACAUACAGCUAUGGUUUACAAUCAAUGAUAAAGUAAAUAUGCCCUCAAAGUACCUGUUGUGGAAUCUGGGUCUAAUGUGUCACUCAUUGUUGUGAGCCAGAUAAGUUUCAACCAGGGGUGGAAAGAGAACUAGAAUACCCUGCUGACGUGGAGUACAGUUAAUUCAAUAUUACUCUAGUAGAAGUAAGAUUUCCUGUGUUGGAAUAGAUGCAGUUAAAAGUAUGAAAUAUCUCUUUUGAAGACAGUUAUAAAUAACAGUUACUUAGUUACAUUUGGUCAGCAUGAAAAGCCAAAGCAACUAACCAUUUCAAUGAGUAUGUGAACUCUUUUCUUUCUAAGAAAGCUUUCUCAGAAGGCUGCCAAGCAAACGUCAUAGAUAAAUCAUGUUCAGUACAUGUUAUUACACCGUUAAUGUCUUGUGUUAAUUUCAAGUCUAAAGUGAUCUAUUUUUUUGUUUGCUUUUGUUGACUAUUUUAUCUUGUAAAAAUAUUUUUUAUCAUUGUUAAAAUAUUUUUUUGUUUUGAUCUUUUGUAUGGUGGUCUGAUGAGAGAAGUAGUCAUGCAGACCGUCAUGUGAGUAGAAACCAAUUUUUUUUCUUUUCUUUUCUUUUUUUCACUGAUGCAAUGUUUGUAAUGUAAACUAUGUAACUUUUACUAAACAGCCACUAUUGCAUAAUGGUGAAUGCUAAAAUGUUGUGUGUCAGUAGCUCAAGUAGAGAACAGUCACCACGCCCAUUAUACUGCAACAUCUAUCUAAAGUUGGCUAGCAUUAGCCACCAUAAGCUCGAGGUCAUACCAGACCAAGUAUGGCUGUUUGGGGAAAACACUAUAGUGUAACUAAUUGAGCAAUGGUGCAUUUUAUUGCUUAUAGGUGCAACUUUUCAUUUGUAAGGGGAAGAAUGUGUUAUUUCCUCUUUCAAAAGAUGCAUAUUCUCGUUUUUAAUCCAAUUUCAAUUAAUUGAUUGAUUAAUUAAUUUCAAACCUGAUGUCCUGAUUGGUUCAUGAGAGCAUUGAUCGAUGUACCAUCCAAAGCCAAUUAAAAGCUGUAGUACUACAUUAAAAAUUGUUUUACAACGAAAGUAAAAAUACAAAGUUUAAGAUUAUGAGCUACUUUUUUAGUGCAAGAACGAACUACUCAGUUAGAGUAAUAAAAGUGCGUGUAUUCAGUGACUUUCCACCCCUGGCUUCAACCCUGACAUUUAACUCCCUGUAACUUAUAGCCUACCACUGCCUCUGUGGUUGAAAACAAUCCCUGCCUUAGGUAUAAUAAAGUAUAAUUCAUACCUCAA